CCAGGGCGUUGAAGGAUCAGAAACAAAAACAAGAAGACGAGAGGAGAAGCCAGAGUGCACUGACAGCCCUAUAUUCCAGGAUUAUCUGCCUCCUAAUGACAGGACUGUGGGGGCUGCUGAUGAGGAUUACUACAAUGUCCGGGCUGUGAGGUGACGGGAAGCCCUUCUCUCCCUAUAUGAUACUUGAUACAGAUCCAAGAUGAAGGAUUUGGCAGCCAUGGAUGACACCAGCAACAAGGCCUUCAAGCUCCUAAAGCAGCUCAAUGUUCACCUGGAAGAAGAGCACAAGUACCAGCCCAGAGAGAAGGGCUUGAUUCUUAUAGAGUCCACAGCAGAGAAUGAUAAUACAAUCUGUCCAAAAUCCAGAAAUGGAAAAGUAGAAGAUCUAUGGAGUUUAACCAACUUCUUUGGCUUAAGUAUGGAGACCUUUGUCUUGGCUGUGAACAUCCUGGAUCGAUUUCUGGCCAUUAUGAAGGUGAAGCCAAAACACCUCUCUUGCAUUGGCGUUUGCUGCUUCCAGCUGGCAGCCCGAGUUGUGGAAGAAGACCGCAAUAUCCCAUCCAUCCAUGAUGUGAUCCGCAUCAGCCAAUGUAAAUGCACUGUCUCCGACAUUAAACGCAUGGAGAAAAUCAUUUCAGAAAAAUUGCACUUUGAAUUCAAAGCAACCACUGCCUUAACCUUCUUGCACUUAUAUCACACAAUCGUACUCUGCCAUUCCUCUGAGAGGAAAGAAGUAUUGAGCCUUGAGAAACUGGAAGCACAGCUGAAGGCAUGCAACUGCCGACUCAUCUUUUCCAAAGCAAAACCCUCAGUGUUAGCCUUGUGCCUUCUUACGCUCGAAGUAGAAACCUUGAAGUCUCUGGAGCUAUUUGAAAUCGCUCUUCGUGUUCAAAAACAUUCAAAGGUUAAUGACAAAGACAUGCUUUACUGGCGGGAGCUGGUAUCAAAAUGUCUAGCAGAUUAUUCCUCCCCAGAAUGCUGCAAACCUGACCACAAGAAGCUAGUAUGGAUUGUGUCCCGACGCACGGCCCAGAACCUGCAUAACAGUUACUACAGUGUUCCAGAGCUGCCAACUAUUCCUGAGUACGGCUAUAUGAAUGAGAGCGAGAGUGAGGAUUCAUGUGAAGAUAUGAGCAGCGGAGAAGACAGUCUGAGCAGCUCUCCCCCAAGUGACCUUGAGGCGUCUUUCUUUUUUGAUGAUUACCAGCCAAAACUGAAAAGCCGUAGUCGUCACCUCUACCCUUUGUAGCAAAGGAUAAUAAUACUACUUGUAUGCAUGUAAUGUCAUAGUACUACGAUAUGAUAUGUGGAUGGAAUAUGAGAUUAAUUUUUAUUUGCGUACACAAGUUUAUCUGUAUUUUAGAAUGCCAACAAAACUAUAGUUAUGUGCCUUAUUUUUACAUUUAGAAGUUUGUUUCCCUCCAGCACCACCCAUGUUCAAUCUGGUUUUCUUUCUUGAACAGUGUUUCUUUUGAACCACUGAACAGGGAACAGUUUGGUCUCCUUAUCCCGUGGUUGCUGUAUGUGUAAUUUUUGUGAUUUCUCCAUAUUGAUACGCUCUUACAAAUCUGCAGUUAUGUUUUAGUCACUUCUACAUUCCAUAUUUUACUUAGCUAUGUUUAUAUAUUAUAUAGUUAUGCUUGGAAGCUGUUGUUAAAGGCACUCUAACUCUAGUUUUGUUAACUACCCACAAGUUGAUUUGAAAAAAAGAAAAUUAAAAAAAAAUCUGCAUUUUUAGAGCGGUUCUACUAGUGGAGUAGCCCAUAAGAAAAUGGAGGGCAUGCUUUUGUUCAUUUUAUAAUACCCCUAACUUUUUCCUCUAGUAAUCCUUGGCUUGUUUGGUGCACACUAGAACUUAUUGCCCACUGUCGGUUGUGGAACAGGUUGUAGUCCUCAAGGCUUAAACCAGGAGUACUGGUUAUUCAAGCAAGAUAUCAUUCAGUAGUAGUGAUCAAACGCCUCAGUGUUUAGCCUCAGACAAAGUAUAAUGCCAACAUUUUAUAGGUACUUUUUUGGGCAUCAAACCAGAAAAGUGAGCAAAGGACUGAGGUUCUUAAAGGGGGUUUUUC